ACGUCUGUUUUACGACAUCGGUUGCUAUGUUACUUUUGGACGUUAUAUUCUUUUCAUGUUGACAGAUAAUCAAAAACGACAAGAUAUGGUCGACUAGUCCGGGUAAAUAACGUUGUGUUUUUUUUUUACCAAAUGGAUUGGAGUUAGAAUUACAAUAUAGCAGAAGUUGUAGAUUGGUGUCUCUGUGGGACAGGAAGUGAUGGACUUCCGGUGGGGGAGGAGCCGGGGCGAGGAGGGCAUCGCCGUGGUGAUAAACUUCCUGCUGGCUAAUGCCCGAUUGGUCCUGGGAGUGGGAGGGGCAGCGGUGCUGGGCAUCGCUACGUUGGCUGUCAAGAGGUUGAUAGAACGCGCCGGCCGGGCGGCGGACGACGAGAAGGUGGAACAGAAGAUGUCGGAGAGCUGGGAGGAGCUUAGCUUAGUCUCCGCCUCCCCCAAGUCCAUAAGGAAGGGGCUGGAGGGUGUUGUCAUGAAACACGUCGCCAAGGCAACCAAGCCACAGAAAGCUGACCUGUGCCAGCCCCAGCAGCAGAAGUCUAGUCUGGACGAGAAGCCUGUCAAAGCAUCAGAGUCCCAGAGACCCAAGAACCUACAGCUGUCUCUUACCUUGCAGGACCGUCUCCAUCAGUAUUAUUCUAUCAGAGCAGCUAUUACCCCAGAGGUCGUCCACAGAGCUGAGAGUCUCGCUCUCGAUAUCUGUAUAGAGGUACAAGGCUUCCUGCACACCACGAACCCUGACAUGCCUCUGGGAGAGAUGUCACUGGGAGGAUCCCUCCUCGACGACCUGCAGGUGGUGAGAGCGGACCACGCCUGCCUGCUGGUCCCCCUCCAGCUGGAACCCAGCCUGUGGAGACUGAUCCCUGGGGAGGAGACCCUCCUAACGCACCCUCUGCACUGGAUGGUCCGACGCGUCAACCUGGAAUACUUCCCUCGAGGACGCAGCUACUGGGACAGGUUCCUAGUAGGAGGGUAUCUAUCCUGCCGGGCGCUGGUGAACAUGCUCAGUAAGGCUGUGAUGGAAACCAUGAACUGGCCGUCUCUCUCCUACACUCUCGACUGUCUGGUCAGACCUGUCCUCGGAGGAGAUGAACUGAAACUAGAGAUACGGUAUCUCACAUACACACACACAUCCACAUUUUAGUCAUUCAGCAGGCGCUCUUAUGCAGAGAGACUAACAGUCGGUCAGAGAUAUCUAGGUGGGACAGCCACAUAUCUGUCAGUCAGCCAUCUUGAGAUAUC